AUGGCACAGGCGGCAAAUCGAUUUAUGGCGAUAAAUUUGCGGAUGAAAAUUUUAAAAUUAAGCAUUAUGGAGCCGGAUGGCUUAGUAUGGCGAAUGCUGGGCCGGACACUAAUGCCUCUCAAUUCUUCAUCACCACCAAGCAAACUCAGUGGCUCGAUGGGAAGCACGUCGUGUUCGGCAAGGCAUGUGCUCGAGGGGAUGAAAGUAGUAAGGCAGAUCGAAAAUACGCCAACAAGCAAGCCCGGUGAUCGGCCAGAAAAGGAUGUAAUCAUCAUGCAUGCUGAACAUAUCGAACUAGAGACACCAUUUUCGGUGCAUAAGGAUGAUGCCACGGCGUAA